UCAAGCAAAUGUCUGGUGCUGUGAUGGGCCAUCUAUAUACGAUGUAUAAACACAGGAACCCAUUUGUAGCAGAUGAGUGGCACCAGAGGAAUGAAGAGCGCAAUGUGCUUCCUAUCAGAAACACUCAAACGGGUAAAUAACGCAACCUUUGUCUGAGAACACACAUCGACACUAAUAUAGAGACAGACGGGGAUAGUCAAAUGAAAUUUGGAUUUUGGCUCCCCAUGUUCAGGGUGCUGAUGUGUGGUAUCCAAGCCAGAUGGUUCCUAACAACGUGAUAGUACGAGGCUACUUGAAAAUAAUAAGAGAAUCAGCUUGAACAACUUUGGCACUUAUCUCCAAUGUCCUAUAGUAGUUGUGUUCCAAAGUGGGGUCCUUCAGGGUGGUACAUAGGACGAUAUUUGAAUACUGUAUCGCUGUAUUGCCCUCAUCCUCUAUAACGUUUAAAACAGAACUCAAACCUUCAUUAUCAUUAUAUCCACACUGUGUGCUCUGUUGUCACAAGCAGAUGUUCAGGAGCAGUAUUUAAACCUAUAGCAUGCCAUAAUGGCAGUAUGACCACCCUGCGGCCUUAUCACGCUGUCCUCUCCAUUCUUGUGCAUUCUAGUUCUAGUCCUUACAUUUGAAGUAUCACCUGAACUGCUUUGCACGAUUUGAUCUGAAAUUCAGCAAGUCCCCCACAGACAAGAAAAGUCAACAAAUGCUCGUACAUUGCACCGCUUAGUAGGGGGUGGUGCCUCAGCGCUAGGCCACUGAACUGCCGAGAGCGCACCCUAAGUGCAGAGGCAGAGUGAGGAGAGUCCAUUGUAUUCAUUAACACUCGAUGAAAACAGACAUGGAACUUGGGUCAACGGUUAGCGCUGUGAGGAGCAAGAGGGUACUGAUUGGCAACGAAGUCCGCCCUGCUGUUGUAGUAAUAAAGGAUGGGAAAAUCCAUCAAAUAGUCUCAGAAUGCAACUUUUCUGGGGAUGGCGGCUGUGAGGUGGUGUUGGAUGUGGGUGACAGUGUGGUGAUGCCAGGCAUUGUAGAUUGCCACGUUCAUGUGAAUGAACCAGGACGCACCUCCUGGGAGGGUUUCUGGACCGCCACCAGGGCUGCUGCAGCUGGAGGGGUGACUACGAUUGUGGACAUGCCACUAAAUAGUAUACCUCCAACCACCACCCUCGGUAAUUUUCACGAGAAGCUGCGGGAGGCAACAGGGAAGUGUUUUGUGGACACGGCUUUCUGGGGAGGCGUGAUUCCUGGCAAUCAGCUAGAACUGCGGCCCAUGAUCCAGGCUGGAGUGGCUGGCUUCAAAUGUUUCCUCAUCCAUAGCGGCGUGGAGGAGUUUCCUCAUGUGACCGACUGUGAUCUACACACAGCCAUGAAGCAGCUCCAAGGCACAGGAAGUGUCCUGCUGUUCCACGCAGAGUUAGAUGUUCAGCAGACAACAGAAGAGACUGGCGACCCUUGUCAGUACUCCACUUUUCUGCAGUCCAGGCCAGAUGUCAUGGAAAUAGAGGCUAUUCGCACUGUCACAGAACUCUGCCUGCAGUACCAGGUACGGUGCCAUAUAGUUCACUUGUCCUCUGCAAAGCCACUGAAACUGAUCCAGGAGGCGCGGCAGGCCGGAGCCCCCUUGACGGUGGAGACAACCCACCACUACCUCAGCCUGUGUGCUGAGAAUAUACCUGCAGGGGCCACACAGUUCAAGUGCUGUCCCCCCAUCAGAGGAUCUGAUAACCAGUAUUCUUGGAUUUCUAGUAGACGGUUGAUUGUGCCCCAUCAGGAGCAGUUAUGGUCAGCACUGAAAGCUGGGCAGAUAGACAUGGUGGUGUCUGAUCACUCUCCCUGCACCCCUGAGCUGAAGAAACUGGAUAGUGGAGACUUCACCCAGGCCUGGGGAGGAAUUUCUUCACUACAGUUUGGUUUGCCUCUGUUCUGGAGUUCAGCCAGUAAGAGAGGCUUUCAGCUGCCUGAUGUGGUGAGGCUUCUAAGCCAGAAAACGGCCCAGCUGUGUAGUCUUGACAACCAGAAGGGCAGCCUUGGCCCCGGCUAUGAUGCCGACCUGGUUAUAUGGGACCCAGAGAGAGAAUUUGAGAUUCAAGGGGCAAACAUACAUCAUAAAAACAAGAUAACUCCUUACCUUGGCAUCACACUGCAAGGAGUGGUGUGUGCCACCAUCCUCAGGGGACGGAUAGUGUACAAAGAAGGCUCCUUCUCCUCCGAGCCUCUGGGGAAACAUCUCCUCAUCCCUCAGAGGUAAAAAGAAGCCCAGCUGUGAAGUCAUUUCUCUCACACCUAAUGAAUGACUUUCAUCAUAUUUUAUUACCUAAAAGUUUUUAUACUACAGUUUUCAUUUGUAAUAGAACUGCGAACACCUGCUGGUUUCACAGAUUGUUAAGACAUUUUUGUAAUAUAAUAUAUUGGUAGUAUAAUGUAAUAAUAAAUAGUGUCAGCAUUUUUUCAGCUAAACAAAGUUAGUGAAACAUCAGUAAAUGCAAAGAGAUACAACAUCAAGAAAGCAUUUAUGGGCAUUAUGAGCCGAGUAUUAUUGUUGCAGAUGUGAUGAAAACAACAUAAACUGACUGAAUGAAUUUUAUAAUAGUGUUAUGCAUACAUUACUAAACAUGUAAAAAAAAAAA